AUGCAACUCCUUCAGCCCCUGAUUUUCGCUGGUCUCAGCGCCGCUGCUGCUAUGCCGCGACCGGCUCCGGAGGUCCGACCGGCGGAGGUCAUUGGGCAGAACCCUGCAACCCAACAGGCACCACCAAAACACCUUUUCAGCUGCGCGAAACGCUACGAGCAAUGCCACAACAAUGUCCCUCCAUGCUGCAAGCCCUACGUUUGUAUGCCUACGUCCGCUAUUCAAGUUAUUAUGGCAUAG